AUGCUGCUUUCAGGAGACGGGCUCCAUCGUAUGGACGGACCGCUCAACUCCCUCGGAGGGGGGUUGCUCUCUACCCUCAAUCAAGUAAAUCCACAAGCAGUAGAUUCAUUAACUCGUAGCUUGCAGCAAAGUGGGAUUGAUAUGGACUCCGCUGGAGCAGGUAUGCGUAUUCAAACUCUGUUCUUGAGAGGAAUGCAUGAGGAGAGUCUGAGAAGAAGCAGUGCAACGGGUGCUGGUUACGGAGCAAGUUUAGCUGCUAAUCCUGCACAAAGUAUUUUCGGUGUACCGCAGCUGAGUCAAAUGGAUGGUGAAUCAGUAAGUGUAGUUUGCCUGGAUCUUAUGGUAUUAUUACCAAAAAGAAUAAAACACCACCUUGAAGACUCACUUUUGUUUGACGACGUUCAAGGGCGGUGCGAAACAAUCAGGCUCUACACUUUUGAAUAUGAAUCUAUAAUGCCGGAAAAUGCCUCACAUAGUCGACUUGUGUUGCGAUCAAAUCUACCGGGAACAAAUGAGGAAGGCUCUGAAGAUGAAGAACCG